AAUGUGUCGUCAAAUUUUUAACUUAUUCAAAAAAGAUAAGAAAAUGGCAACGUUUUGAGGAGCUUCUUCCCUUGGUUGGAAAGCGAUCAGUAUAGCGAUGUUUAUUAAUUAGCGGAAUUCAUUUCUGAUAAAUUUAUCAUGAUAAUCGUUAUAGCUCCAAAUAAUAUAUAUUUUAAUGUUUUUUAAAGUAUUAGUUAGUUUUUGUCAAAACUGUGUGCUUUGAAGCAGAAGUAAUAGGAAUAUUGUUACGGUAUUACUGGUAUUUUAAUUCAAUAGCAAGAUGUCCUAUUCUGCUCCAAGAAUACAAGUCUUUCGACCUACUAUGGAAGAGUUUAAACAUUUCUCUAAAUACAUUGAAUAUAUUGAAUCACAGGGUGCUCAUAGAGCUGGCUUGGCGAAAAUCAUUCCUCCUGAAGGAUGGAUACCACGUAGAAAUGGAUACGAUGAUAUUGAUCUUGUUAUCCCUAGCCCUAUUACCCAAAUGGUCACUGGAAGACAAGGAUUAUAUCAACAGCUAAAUAUUUCUCAAAAAUGCUUGACUGUAGGAGAAUUUCGUAGGAUGGCUGAAAGUCCCAAAUUUCGAACUCCGAACCAUUUUGAUUACGAAGAUUUGGAGAGAAAGUAUUGGAAAAAUAUUACAUAUAAUUCACCUAUUUAUGGUGCUGAUGUUUCUGGAUCUCUUUAUGAUACUGGUGUAAAUGAAUUUAAUAUCCAGCGCCUAAAUACUAUUUUAGAUUUGGUGAAAGAAGAUUAUGAGAUACAAAUUGAAGGAGUAAAUACUGCUUACUUAUAUUUUGGUAUGUGGAAAACUACAUUUGCAUGGCAUACAGAAGAUAUGGAUUUGUAUAGUAUUAAUUAUGUCCAUUAUGGUGCUCCCAAAUCUUGGUAUGUAAUUCCACCUGAACAUGGGAGACGAUUGGAAAGAUUAGCUGCUGGUUUUUUCCAUGGUAGCCAUUCUGAGUGCCCUGCCUUUUUGAGACAUAAAAUGACCAUAAUAUCACCUCAUAUUUUGAAACAAUAUUCAAUCCCUUUCAGUAAGAUAACUCAAGAACCAGGAGAAUUCAUGAUAACAUUUCCAUAUGCCUAUCAUUCCGGGUUUAAUCAUGGAUAUAAUAUUGCAGAAUCUACCAAUUUUGCAUUGCCACGUUGGGUUGAAUAUGGAAAGCGAUCUAUCUCCUGCGUUUGUAGAAAUGACUGUGUGAAAAUUUGCAUGGAUAUUUUUGUAAGAAAAUUUCAACCAGAGAGAUACGAGUUGUGGAAAGCUGGUAAAGAUAUAGGUUCUCACCCAGAAGACCCAGCUCGUCAGUAUGCAGCUCCUGCCCCUAAGAAGCUAGAACUUGCACUUUGUGCGCAAAGAGAGAGAAAGAAAUUGAAAGAUGUACAAAAAAUAAAAAGGCAUCCCAUUGCUAAACCUCAAGAUAUUGCUGAAGCAGGUUGUAGUCAAGAUGACGAAUACGAAACAAAUGUGGCUGAUAGUGAUGAAGAUACUAAAUUUUAUGAUGUCAACGAAAUUGUUAAAAGUGAAUCUUCCAAAAAACGUUUGAAAAAUCAAGCAAAAGUUCAGCAAGUCAAAAAGCAAAAGAAAAAACCAAAAGAAAUUAUUUUAACUGCUAGUGAAAUCUCUUCCCAAGAUUUCAAAACAGAUGAAUUUGAAGUCAAAUUAAAUAGGGAGCAAAUUAAUGAAGUUGAAAUUGAUGCAACAAAAGAAAUUCUUAGUUCUGAAUCUGAACAAGAAGUCACCAUGGAUACUUCACUUGAAGAAGAAAAUUUAAAGCACACAGUUGUUACUAAGUCAGAGCCUGAAGAAGAAGUUAAGAGUUUUUAUCCAAAUGAAACUAUUCUAAAUGAAUCAGUUGUUGCUGGUGAAAAGCCACCUGAGCUAAAACCAUUUUGGGAUCGUGAAGAGAAGAUUAAGCAAGAAAAAUUGAAACAAAUUCAAACUACAGAAGCUUUUAAUUCACAAAUAAAGUUAUUUGAAGAUUAUCCUAAAUUGCAAGAAGCUGUAAAUGCAGGUUCAUUCUCAAUUGUUACACUUGAUUCAAAAGACAUGGUGCAUGACACUGUAUGGUCAGGAAAAUCAAAUAGUUUAGAGGAAGAUACGAAGUUAAAAACCGAACUUUCUCCUGUAGAGUAUCCACUUUUUACUCCAACUUGGCGUUGUGAAAGAAAUGGUUUGAAAAUUAAAUUAAAAAGUUGUUCGAGUUCUCCCCCUGAUAGCUCACCCCUAUCUCAACAGUCCUUAAAACAUACUGCUAUGUCAAGUGAUUCAUCAGUGGAGACAGUUGUAUUGAAUGAAUCAGUGUCUGAUGAUCCAUUUGUAGUUGCCAAUGAGGCUGAAAUAUCCCUUGAAGAAAAAAAUCUUAAUGAACUUAGUCAAAGCUGUUCUACUAGUUUUUCUUCACCAAUUGAACCCAAUACUGGAACAAAAUCUAAAAGUAAGCGAAUAAGUAACCUGGAUACUAGGUGGGCUACACAUCUUACUAAUCUCUGGCAGCAUGAGCCUAGAAAUUUUGAUGCAGAAAUCGCAUUCAAUGAGAGAUUAGCUAGCGUAGCACCUCAUUGUGCUAUUUGUGUAGUGUUUUCACCUUUAUAUCAUAAUAAUAGCUUUCCCACAGAACCAGUUCAUGUGCCUUCUUAUAGUGCUGUCAAAAUGCCAGCUUAUUGCUAUGGUAAUUCUUUAAAUAGUGAUUGCAUGAUUGAUACAAAUUCUUUAUUAAGAAUGGAUGGUACAGCUCCACUUUUGACAUGUUCAAGAUGCAAAGUAUCUGUUCAUGCCACUUGUUACGGUGUAUCAAUGUUGCCAUUAAACUCUUGGGUUUGCACACGGUGUACAGCACAAGCUUUUAAAGCAGAGUGUUGUUUAUGCGUCUUGCGAGGUGGAGCUCUUAAACCAACUACUGAUGGUCGCUGGGUUCAUGCAGUUUGUGCAAUUCUAAUAGCUGAAACUUUCUUUGAAAACACCAUUCAAAAGCAACCUGUUAACGUGUCAAAAGUUACGUCUGCUCGCCAACGUUUAAAGUGUAGAUACUGUUUUAAAACCUCCAUUACCAAAGAGCCAAAGGGAGCAUGUGUUCAAUGUCGGUCUGGAAAGUGUUUCAUAUCAUUCCAUGUCACAUGUGGCUACAUGGCCGGAGUGAUUUUUGAAACUUGUGAUUGGCCGGACCCCAUCCACAUGAUAUGCACAAAGCACACUGCUGCAAGACGUAAGCCACCUAAACGAGAGCUAACAAGUAUAUCUGUCGGAGAGAAAGUCAUAGCUAAACACCGAAAUAAAAGAUAUUACUGGGCUAAUGUGAUCUCUAAAUACAUUCAAGAGUAUUAUUCUAUCCUGUUUGAUGACAACUCCCAUUCAACAAACACUUUGCCUGAAGAUAUUGUCAGUAGAAGCAUCACAGAGUCGGGCACACCUCAAAUGAAUGAGAAAGUGCGAGUAAAGUGGCCUGAUGGUGAGAUUUAUAAUGGCAUGUUUAAAGGAUCACAGUCGUGUGAGUUGUAUGUUAUUGAGUUUGAUGAUGGAUCUGUAAUGCGUUUGGAGAGGAAAGAAAUAUAUGCUGCUGACGAAGAGCUACCCAAAGCUGUGCAAUCAAAAGUAUCCCAUUCUAGUGAAAGACAUGCCAUUGAUUAUGAUACUGAAAAAAAUGGAAAACGUGUCAGGAUUACUAACUCUAAGUACAGGUUGAGUGUUUAACUUAUUGUGAUUAUGUUUUUAAACUUCAGCAUACAUCAGUUGACUGAAGUUGAUUUUCAUUUGCUCAUCAGCUCCAUUCUCAUAUUAUUGAUCAAUGAAAUGUUUUACAGAACAGUGUCAUUAUAACAUGGUUACCAUUAGAAACUUGAUAAAGUGUAAAUAAAUUUUAAUUAAAAAGAAUUCCUAUAUAAAACUUUGACCCAAAUAAAUUAACUUUGGGAAAUGAAGAUGCACACCAUUGUAUAAAAAUCAUUAAUGAGUUUCUUUGCAGAUUCUAGCUGUGUGUGUGCUUUUCAAUUGAUAUUCUAUUAUUUAUGUAAUCUUCACAAUGUGUAUACAUUUGUUCUUGCUUCUUUACUUUCUCUAUGUAAAUGUUAGAAAAUAUUAUAAGUAAUCAAAUCGAGAUACAGUAGGGAAUUAUUUAAAGCAAUUCAUCUAAUAAUUUUUCUUAUAACACCAGAUGUAUGAUAUUGUUAAACCCUGUGAGUUCUUCCCAUGCAACAUAAUUUGGAGUUUUUACUGUAAUGUAUGAAAUACAUAAUUACUGGAUAGAAUGUUUAUGUAUUUACUGAUAUUUUAACUAAACUGUAAAUUUUUCAAAAAUACCUCCCACUUUGCUACAAAAAUAAAUGUUUUUCCUUUUGUUUGUUGUUAAUUGUUUACCUUAAGUUAUUUUUGAAAUUGGAUUGCUCUGUAAUAUUAUAUUACAAACAAUUUUUAUUUAUUAAAUUUUUUUUUUGUUUGGCAUAAAAAAUAAAUUUUACGAUUGAAAAUAAUUUAAUUUUUAAUGCCUUUUUUAUUAUUUUAUGGGCCUGUAAGUGGUAAUUGAUUUAUGACUUACAUUUAAUUGUUUUAAUUAACAAUGAAAUAGCUUUUAACUAUUUUUUAACUUAAGUUUCAUUAUAUAUUUUGUUUUCGUGAAAAUUAUCACAAACAAUGAUUAUUUUAAUUUUUGUAUUUACGUUAGAUAUUAUUCAGUAUUUUAUGUGCUUUUUAAAACAGAAUUUUCUCCAUUUCUUUUUCAAUUCUGUUCUAUUAAAUCUGUUUUAAUACUUUUUAAAAUAAAAUGUAGACUUUUUUUUUACAAAAAGAUGAAACUGUUACACAACUUUUGAAACAACAGUUUUUAAUUCAAUAUAUCUACUUUUAUGAUGUCAAAAUAAAAAUUACAGUAAAAAAAAUGUCUUCAUUUAUUUUUCUUUUUUAAAUGACUGAAUGCUCAGCAAUGAGUACUUUUAGUUGGAAUUAUCUCCCUGGAUUAUUUUCAAAAUCAUUGGUUCCUUUCAGUUUACAAUUUUCAUAUCUCUGUAGUUUCUUACAAUUUAUACUCAAUGAUAACUAAAAAAAUUCAUAUUCAAAAUUAUAUUUAAAGAUAAUUUAUUAAAUAUUGUAUAUAAUCUAUGUGUGAGUUAAUAUUAUUUUCAACUUUACUAUAGCACAAGUACUUAGAAGCCUGUAUAAUUUUGUUCUUCAAAUGAAUUUCAAUUGCAUUUUUGUGAUUGAAAUAAAUUUUGUUUUUGUAUUCUGGUCUUCAUUUGUUUCUUUAAAUUUAUUCUUUGUUGCUAGAUGUAGUUUUUAUUUAAGAUUGUAAUACUAUUAUGUGAAGGAAAAAGCUGCAAUUUGUUAAUUUUUUCCUAUGUCUAAUGUGUGACGCACGUUGGUCGGUACACGUUGUCUUGUAAGCAUCCGGUGCUUAUUGCCACCUCAGUAAGGAAAUUCCUUUUUCAAUGCUUUCUCUAAUCUUGAUAUAAAAAGUAUAUUUCAACUUGAAUAUUUACUUGAAUUAACAUGACUUAUCACAUUUUGGGAACUCCUUCUGUAAAGUUUUUUCUUUUCUUUUUUCCCAUUUGUUUAUUGUUCCUACAAAUAUAAUUUUCUUGUAUUGGGAAAGGCUGAUUCUAUUUGGUAUUUAAUAUUUUAUUUGAACAGUAUAGAGCGUGGCCAUGCAUACAUGUCUUUUUCCCACCAAUUGUGUUCUUAUUGAUAUAUGUGUUGUAGAUAGUGUAUGAUGUUUAAUUUUAUCUAUGAUCUCAUAUAGAUGAAGUUGUAUAUUUCUGCAUUGUUGCCAUGCAUAUUAUUUAAUCAUUUCACAAAAUUGAUAAAAUGUAUAUUGAUUGAAAUUAUAAGAAAUAAAUAUUGUUGAAUGUUGUAA